UCACCAACGACCGCCAUGUUUACCGUAGCAACCUCGCAUGUGUAGGUUAGAAACGAAGCCAAAACAUCUCGAGCGUUUGGAAAAAGAAAAUCUGCUUUUCCGCGAAAUAGUUUUCUUUUAGCAAGUGCUUCGUAACAAAUGGAAGUGUAAACAUAACCGUAGAUAUUAGUAACGACGCUUGACAAAACAAUUUAGCUAUUUUUAUUGGAACAAGUGCAGAAAAAUAAACAUGGAAACACCAAGCAUAAAUCCAAAGGAAAACGAAUUCCUCAAUGCUAAAUCUUAUCUUCUUCAAACAAGCACAGAAUCUGGAUACAAUUUGUAUGAUCAUCUGAGCACAUGCCUCACAAAAAUAUUAGAUGAACGACCAGAAAAUGUUUAUGACAUCUUUGAAGAUAUAAGCAAAGACACAAAACGCUCAAAAUUCACAUCCAAUGUUGAUACAGUGCAAGACAAAAUUGACCAAUCCACAGAAGUUGCACUUGCACAAGUUCAAAGAAAAUUAUUUACAAAGGGUGAAGGUGAAGAUGCGGAACAAGAACCGGAAGACGAUGCUGAAACACCACUGCCAAAUCUCAUGGAGCUGUGCUUCUACUUUGAGCAAGCUGGAGUGGGUCUUAACCGAGAGGAGGUGAUCCGUGUGUGGAUGGCGCUGAAGCAUCUCGUGGACAAGCAUACUCUGCAGCACGUACGCUUCUGGGGCAAGGUGUUUGGCACCGAGCAGAACUACUAUGUGGCCGAGGUGGAGUACAGGGACGAUGCGGAGGAUCAGGAAGAGGAGGAAGAAGAGGCAGAGAAUGAGGCUGAUGAGGAGCAGACAGAGAAGGAGGAUGGGGAGGAGGGUGAUGAGGAGGCGGAGGAGGAUGAUGUCCCUAAGCCAGACUUCAAACCGCCCCCUGUCGUUCAGCCCGAGGUCAAGGCCGGACCCAACAAGAAAACAUACUUCAUUUGUAAUGAUCCUGGCAAACCAUGGAUCAAGCUGCCUGCAGUAACCCCUGCUCAGAUCACUGCUGCCAGAAGCAUCAAGAAGUUCUUAACAGGAAGACUGGAUGCUCCAGUUGUGAGUUAUCCCCCUUUCCCAGGCAAUGAGUCCAACUACCUGCGUGCCCAGAUCGCCCGCAUCUCUGCAGGCACCCACAUCUCACCCCUGGGCUUUUACCAGUUUGAUGAGGAGGAGGAGGAAGAGGAGGAGGGAGAGGGCCGUGACAAUUUUGUGGAGAACCUCGAUUUUGAAGGCAUACCAGUGAAGGAGUUGACAGACCUGGCCAACUGGGUACACCAUGUGAUGCACAUUCUGCCACAGGGUCGUUGUGUCUGGUGGAACCCAGUGCAGAAGAAUGAAGAUGAAUUUGAGGAUGAGGAGGAGGAGGAAGAGAGGGAGGAGCCAGAUGAGCCCGAGCCAGAGCAAGGCCCGCCCCUUCUCACUCCCCUUUCAGAGGAUGUUGAGAUUGGCAGCAUGCAAGCCUGGACAAUGAAACUCUCAUCCAAUCUCAUUCCUCAGUUUGCCAUCGCAUGCGUUCACUCCAACCUCUGGCCCGGAGCCCAUGCAUUUGCCACUGGAAAGAAAUUCGAGAACGUGUACAUCGGCUAUGGUCACAAGUACUCGCAGGACAACUACAGCCCACCAGCAGUGCCCGCAAUCAUGGAGGAGUUCCCCAGCGGACCGGAGAUCACCGAGGCAGAGGACCCGACACCCGAGGAGGAGGCAGCCCUCAGAGCGGCGCGACAGGAGGCGCUGGAAGCUGCCGAAGACAUGGAGGAGGCUGAGGAGGAGCAUAGCGAUGAGGAUUAGGAUGUGGGAAAGAUGGAUUAGUAGGAUUUAGAUGAUCUGCCCUUUUUGAGACAAUUGACACGCCUUUUCCUUGUCAUUCUCUUUGUCAUGCAUCUGCAUUUUAUUGGAGUAUUUAUAUUUUGUAAAUUGUUUAUUUGUUCGAGAAAACAAAAUCUGUGAAUUGUCUGAGAGAAAGUGAACAGUAAAAAGUAAGUUUUUUUAUCUUGUCUAGUUUCCUACUUAAGUUAAAAAGAUUGUAUUUGUUUUUUGUGAAGUAUAUUGAACAGAAGAGAUUUAAAAUGGAAUUGUGCAAAAAUGUGUGUUUUUGUUAUUUCAUGGAACUUUAUUAGAAUCUUAAAAAAAAUCAUUAAGCAUUUUUUAUCUGGAAAGCAUAUUCCUGCAUAUGAUAUGUCAUGUGCUAUUUGCAAUGUUGUUUUGAGAUUUUGUUUGUGAUAGUGUCUGCAUUCAUGAUCUUUUCAUAAGAAUAUAUAUGAAUGUUCUUUUAAUUAAAGAAAAGCAUUAAAAUAUCAACUAGUGUAUUACUAUUUUAUAUUUAAAUUAAAUAUUAAAAGAAAAAAAGA